GUUUAAUUCUAAUGCCUUGUUUUUCCCACAAGACACAAGGGUUUGAACAAAUUUGGUUGUGGGCUAGAGCCACUCUACUUUUCUUUAUAUCCAAUACUAAAAUAGGGGUUUCGCUAACCAAGCUGCUCAAUUUCGGAAUCCCCAUUUCUCCACUCUAGUCGAUAAUCACCCAAAGCUCGUGGAGUAUCGAUUUACUUAUUUUCGAUUUGAUCCCUCUUUUUUGUUUUUCGUCGAGAAUUUGUAAAUGUUCGUUUUUUUCGUUAAUUUCUGUUAAAUCGCCAAUUCUUUUAUGCCGAGUGCUGAUGGCGCUUCCUCUCGGCAAGCUCUCGCUCAUCGUUGGUGCAGGCCUUGUGGGAUCGGUUCUUGCUAAGGAGGGCCGGAUAUCUAAUGUUUCGGACUUUUUCUCUGGUGCAUUUAAGAUUAUUUUCAAGCAACUUAAACAAGAUGGUCCAGCUACUUCCCAACCCAAACCGCGAAAUGAUUCUUUGAUGCAACAGGUUAACAGCCUGCGAGAAGAGCUGCAACUAUUGGCAUCAAAUAGAUCUGUUACGAUUGUUACUGGAGAACGAUCAGCAUCUGGAAAAUAUGGAAUAGUAAUUAUUACCAUAGUUGUUGGAUAUGGCUACAUCUGGUGGAAGGGCUGGAAGAUUUCUGAUAUGAUGUUUGCAACAAGGCGUGGCUUAAAUGAUGCAUGUUCUUCUGUAGCUAAACAGCUUGAUACCGUUUACUCCUCCGUUUCGGUUACUAAGAGAGAUCUGUCCUCAAGAAUUAACCGAGUAGGUUGUAAAAUUGAUGAGGCUGCUGAUGAUACAACAGCAACAAAAGAGACGAUGUCUGUAGUGCGAGGUGAAGUGAAAUCGCUUGAUUCAAAAUUGAAGAAUGUUACUCAUGUAGUGCAGUCACUGAAAACUAGGGUUAACAUGAUGGUAGUGAGACAGAACGGACUGAACUCUGGAGUGGAGAACUUGGUAGGCUUCGGCUAUGCAUGGAAUCUUGAAAACAGUAAAAGCAUGGAGCAAAUCGGGGGAGCUGCAUCUAGUUUCCCCAAGCUUGCUCUUGAAGAUUCAAAAGCAUCUCCAUCAAGGACUGUCUCUUUGCCCAUCGAGGCUUUAGGUAAGACACUGUCACCAUCUACUGCUAACGGAUCCCUUGAGAAACGGGUUCCAUCUGUGCCUCCUGCUUCAGGCCUUAAGGAGCUCUACGGAAUGUCAGAUGUUGGAGUGUUGGAACCAAGCUGUCCUCUGGGUUCAAAUGGGAUUCAUGCUUCUGAAGAGACAAAUAUAGACAACUCGAGUGGUCGUUUGGUUGGAAGAUUUUCAGGAUUGUUUGCAAGAAGCCGCAGUACGGUGCCGUCUGCCAAGUAGAGUAGGUUGUAGAUUGCGAUCACCAGAACCAAUUUAGGAUAUAAAUUAGUUGAUCCGAGGAGGGCCUUCUUCUAUGUUAGGUUUAUCUCCUCCUAUAUAGUCUAUAUAUAUGAUCACCCGAAUUUUGUAGUCUAUGCCUAUAUCACACAUUAGCUCAACUUCUGCUAAGUUGUUUUAGAAACUGAUGGGAGAAAGGUAAAUAAAACAAAACCCUCAUGACUUUUAUA